UCAUUGCUCCUGAAAUUGGUGCUGUCAAGUAUCCAAGAAAAGCAUUGGAAAGACUUGUGAAGCUCUCCGAAGACUGUACGAAGAAGAGCCGACGCGCACGGCCAGACAUGAACUGUGUUUUGCGUGAACUGGAGGAGUGUUUGAAGCAAGGGAUUACAGAGAUGAGCGAGAAAGAGCAGUCAGAAUCGAAAGAAGCAGGUGUCGAGGAGAUGCCAGCAGGCACCGGAGAGAGAUCGGCAACACCAAAUGGUGAAUCCUCAACUGGAGCAUCUGACGAGAUCCAGGAGCACAAAUUCCUCGACCCAGUCACCAUAUGUAUGACUGGAACAGUGACGUUCGGAACUGGGGAAACCAUAGGUAGUUCUGUGAGUCAUUCCUGGACACACGACACUACUUUCGAAGUUGUGGAGCCGAGAUGAUACUUUUGAUUACCAACCACUACAUGGACGUGUGGUUUCUUGCCAGUCAACUUAUGUGUGGAGUUCAACGAGAGGAAUAGCAAGGGAGUAAAUUUCUUUCAUUUUUUUCCCUUUUUUUUUUUUUUGCAAUUGUGCAGGUCAUGUACCAUUCUUUUUGGGCCCAUAUCGCCUGGUUGAGGGCAUUGCAGCAACUGAUAAUGGCAGUGGACUUUUGUCAUGCUGCCUCCUUUCUCUUGGUCAUAGAGACUGCCCUCAGACUGACAGAAGAUGUUUCGGCACGCUGCCACUCUUCUUCAGAGCAUGGAGAGUUGCCUUUGCAAGUCUGUGAAGGUCCUCAGGAACAGUCGGUGAUUAUUGCUGCCCAAGUGUGCAGGAGUCAAAGGCGCUCCAGCCAACCACCAAGCUCGAGGUCUUAGGUCAGCAGAAACUGCACGCUACGUUCUUAACCACCACUGCCAAGCCCGCUGCUCCACCAUCACCACAGCUGAGCUUUUUGGUGUACUAGCGUGGUGAUGAUGGGUUCCAUUCGUCUGAGAGCGGGAAAAUCAGGUUAGGCAAAAUAGUCUCUGGCAGUGGUGAUUUGACACAUCUUUUAUUAUCAGUCUCUUUACCGGCUAGGUUUUGAGUUACUUACAGUAAAGAGUUGUAAGAUGC